GUCACGUGAUUGCAAGGGUGUGCCCUGAAUAAACGUCCGGGUAAGAAACACAAACAAAAUGGCAGGGCAGAAGAAAGAGCCCGAGACCUUUGAUGUUCUCGACUUGGCCGAACAGGUCAAGAAGCAGAGAUGGUGGAACAAAAUGUUCGGGAAUAACUCGGGCCCAGCUGCCGAGAAAUACUCGGUCGCAACACAGCUGGCUAUCGGUGGAGUGACCGGGUGGUGUGCAGGAUACCUGUUUCAGAAAGUCGGAAAGGUUGCAGCGUCGGCUGUAGGAGGAGGCUUCUUGUUGCUUCAGAUUGCUAAUCACACCGGGUACAUUACAGUGGACUGGAAGCGAGUGGAGCACGACGUGAACAAGGCCAAGAAGCAGCUUAAGCUCAACACUGAGAGGCAGAGUAAAGAAGUGAAGACGAAAGUGGAAGAGGUGCAGAAGUUCGUGAAGAAGAACAUCGUCCUCUCGGGAGGCUUCGUGGGAGGGUUCCUGCUCGGUCUGGCCUCGUAAUGAUUUUCUCGUCCAUUUUAGCCGCUCACACAAAACUACGAUGAACAUCAGCAUCGUGCUGAGACUAAAAACAGAACACUUUCUUUUCUUUAAUGGUUUAUUUAUAUAUUGUAGGUGUUUAUAUUUUCAUCAUCACUCGACCUGCCAGCGUUUAAAUAUUUGCACUGAUUUGAUGCCUUUUUUUUCCCUUGAAUUAUAUUUCAUGAUACGAAAGAUCAUCUUACAUAUUCAAAACAUGUUUAUCCAAAGACUUCUGUGCAUGCGAGAAGCAGAAUUUGAGCACUGUGCGAAAAACCCAUGAACGUUACAGAUUUAAAGUGUUUGGGGAUUAUUCCCUUAAAGAGAUUAAAAAUCUCCUUAUUUUCAUAUCCAUAAAUAAAUAGUUGAUGUUCAACA